AUAGGCAAUUGAUAAUUUACGAAUUUGCUAGUGUGCAAACCGAACAUUUCACAGCUGAAUUACCCAAUGUCCUCUGGAAUAGCGAAAGUAAGUGAAACUAGCCGGCAGCCUACCUGGAUUUUGCUUUGGCUGUAAUUGACCGAAGUGCAUAGGUGGCUUGUUUUUCUUCUUGGAAGUUUGACCUGGGCAGAGCAGUCAUAAACAGGUAGGCUAACCUGGCAAAGUUUGCAUUUACUGUAGUGGAUGAGGGGCUCGUGCAUUUGGCCUAUCCAAAAGUGCGUUAAGUCAGGCUAUAGCCUACUCUUAAAUAGUCAAUCACAGACGGUUUCUAGCAGAUAAAGUUCUUCAUCAGACCGUUAUAUUUCGACUUGAGCGAUGCGUAAUAGGCUAUCCGAUACGGAAUUUCAUCACAAUAUUUCCAACUGAAAUAACAAAUAAUUAUUUUCGUCAAAUGAAAGUUGGGUUGACUGAUUUGAUUACAUUUGCUCGGUUCUAGACUAUUGGUUCCAAAGUGUACAGUACAACUUUGCCUUCAUUCUCCACUCAUGCACCGUCUGUCGUGCCAUAAAAACAAUGACAUUCUGUCCAACUGAACUGAAGUGGGAAAAGCAACGGGGAUAGCUCGACCAGUGCUGGGAGCCAUGCUCAAAUUAUACAUUUGAGUAUUUGUGGGGAUUUGUGAAAUUGUUGAGUAUUCUUUGGCCAACUGUAGGCCCCAUAAUUUCGGAAUUUGGAAAUUAUAGUUAUCAGCCAACGCAUGUCCUGUCCUCAGGUUGGUUCAACUUACUUUGUUUAUGAUCAUGCAGGAGUCGGAGCGCAGGGUUGUUGGAGUAUGCUACACAUUUAAUUGUGCAUGCGUGCCUUACUAGGCUACAGUAAUUGUUCUUCGCCAGAACGUUGUAGUUGCGUAAUUGGUUCAGGUUACUGUAAUGUUUUUGAUUGUCACUAUCAUUCAUCACCACCACCACACAUUCACUACCAUUCAUCACCACCACGCAUUCACUAUCAUUCACCACAGCACAACUUUACUGUCAUUCACCACCACAGCACAUCCACUAUCAUUCACCAAAGCACAUUCACUAUCAUUCAUCACAGCAUAUUCACCACCAUUUACCUCCACACACACUCACUACCAUUCCCCCCCUCAUUCACUAUCAUUCAUCACCGCCACAUUCACUACCAUUCACCACAGCACAUUCACUAGCAUUCAUCACCGCCACACAUCCACUAUCAUUUACUUGAGAAUAUUCACCACCAUUUACCUCCACACACUCACUAUCAUUUACCCCCACUCAUUCACUGUCGUUCACCAUAGCACAUUUACUAUCGUUCACCAGAGCAAAUUUAAUGUAAUUUAGCUCAGCAUGUUCACUACAGUAUACACGUAUUCUCUGUCAUUCAACUCAGCACCAGUGUUGGGCAAGUUACCGGUACUCAAAAACCGCAUUACUGAUUACAUGUUACUGUCUUUUCAAAAUAAUCUCUUGCACUACAAUAUUACUAUAUUUAAAAUGUAAGGCAUUACACUACUUUUGCAUUACUUAAGUUACUUUCACCAAAAUAACUGUAGGCCUAUGGCUCUGUCAAUUUAUUACAGUGUAAAUCAAGUUCAUGAGUCAUGACUUUUUCACCUCCCAUCCAGGAGGUGUUUUUGGCAGAAUGCAGACUAAAAACUACCAGAUCCAGGAAUAGCUUCUUUCUGAGGCGCCUGAAUACCACUAAAAUCCAGGUCAUUGCAAUGCAUUGUAACUUAAGUUAUUUUGCAUUGUAACUAAGUAAAUAUAUAUUUUUAAAUAUGCCCUAUAAUGCCUUACAUUACUGCAUUACAGCAAAAGUAAGGCAUUACAGUAAUUCAUUACUUUUGUCAUGCAUUACUGCCCAACACUACUCAGCACAUGCAUUGUUCAGCACCAUUUACCUCCACACAUUCACUAUUAUUCACCUCAGCACAGUCAUACAAUAAAGAAUUGCGCACAAACAUUGAGCAAGGUCUUGUAUGAGCAAAGAAUUCCAACUGAGAGGAACAGAUAUAUAAUGGACAUGCCCAUAGUCAGCCAUUUUAAAGCCGGUCGAGACAAAAUCCAAAUUAGCUAAAUAACAGAGACAGCAGCAAACAUCAACAAAUCUAACAUGGUUAAUGAAGAUGCACGAAGCAUGGGUUCUGCGCGAGAGCCAGGCUACAACAAAUCGUUGAGGAGCACUUUAUUGCUUUGCAGACAACUCAGAAAAGGGGCUAAAUGUGCUAAAGAGGGGACAUAUGGGCAGUCAUGGGUAAGCGGUUAGGGCGUCAGACUUGUAGCCCAAAGGUUGCUGGUAUGACCCGUCAGGUUUUUUGGGGGAGUAAUUUACCAGUGCUCUCCCCCAUCCUCCUCCAUGACUGAGGUACCCUGAGCAUGGCACCGUCCUGCCGCACUGCUCCCUUGGGGUGCCGUUGGGGGCUUCCCCCUUGCACGGGUGAGGCAUAAAUGCAAUUUUUUUCUUGUGCAGUAUGCACUUGUAUGUUAUGGAGCGCUGUGUCACAAUGGCAAUGGGAGUUGUAGUUUCCCAAUUGGGCUUUCACUUCACAUAUCCUUUAACGGUUAAGGUCAGAGGGUUGAAGGUUCGAAUCCCACCCUUACCUCUCCCUACUACACCUCCAUACGUGGCUGAAGUGCCCUUGAGCAAGGUACCUAAUUCCACAAUUGCUCCAGGGACUGUAAUCAAUACCCCGUGAGUAAUGUAAGAUGCUUUAGAUAAAAUCAUCAGCUAACUGUAAUGUAAGGCAAUGUUGAGUAAUGUAAUAUAAAAUUGAGUUUACUUUAUUUAUCUAUGUUGUCAGCAAGUCAUGCAAACAUCUUAUAUCAAGUGUGUAUAACUUACACACACUUGAUAAUAAAGCAUACUUACUUCUCUGUCUAUUUAGAGAACAUGACUGAGGCUCCUUCCUGGCCUCCAUCAUGAAUCAUUGCUGAAAUUGUUUUUAUUUAUUUAUUUAUUUAUUUUUAAAUCAGUUUUUGCCUUCAAUGGUUAUGAACUUCUUAUUAGAGUGUAAAGGGAGAAUUCAGACUCAGAGCAACUUGAACUGGGUUGAGAUUGGGAGAUAGAUCUGUUGUGCAGGGACCUUUCCCAUUCUUGGAGACUGGCCAGAUGACAGAAUGGGGUGUGUGUGUUUUGGACUGACCUGUUAGGCGGAGGGGUUGGCUGUGUCUCACUGGUGUGUUGACCCAUCUGAAUAGAGAGAUGAUAUGAAUAUGAAUAUCAGUUGUUAGACCUGGUGUGUAAAUGUGGGAUUGUAUACGUGUAUUUGGAAGCACUUUGAGUGAACUGUAUAACUUAGUUGUGAUGUAGGUAGUAGUGCUAUAUAAAUACAUGUUGUUUUGUGGUAUGUACAAAACAUAAAUAAUAAUAAUUGCCUAGUUCGAAACAAUCAUAAUAGAACAAUAAAAGACCUGGAAAAGGUGCUAAAGCACAUCCAAUCACAAUGCAGCAUGAAUGAUGAUUUGGUUUGGUAUGUUUUUGUACCUUUUUCAGAUCAGAGCUUUUGUUCUUCUAAAAAGUCUGGUUAGUUGGUUUAAUGAUAGGCUACCUCUUGUUGUAAAUGUAGGCCUGAAUCAGAGCGCUUGCAUCAUAGUACUUGUGGAGUCUGGAAUUGAUGUGAUGAUGUCAUGAGAACCGAGUUUCACAUGAAGUCUUCAGGCUAGUUUCAACAGGUAGUUGUAUUGCUCACUCUACCCUUGGCACGCCAGCAUCCGGAGAUGCAGCAUUGUUUUUUUUGUUCAGCCUAUUGUGAGAUCCUGGCCAGCUAAUGCGGCAUGGGUUUGCUUGCAUGUUGCUUGAAACGUCUUAACAAGACAUCUCCCACACACAUUUGCAGUGUUUUACUUGCAAAGUUUCGGUCUAUUAUUGACCUUCCUCAAGCAAUUCAACAGUCUGUCUGUCAGCACUAACUGAGGAUGUAAUUUGUUGAUCAGAUAAGUAGGAGGUGAGAUCAAGGGAGGCCAUUGGGAUUUGGUUUGACAAGUUGCCCUUUACCGUAGUUUGCCUUUCUGUAACUCUGAGUUUUGGAUCAGGGAGGAUCAUGGGAGAGGUCUGAGAGUUUUACAGGGGGUCACAGAGGUGAGGAGUGGACACCCCUCAUAUAUCUGCAGAUUUCUCAGUGUACUCACUUUUGAGAGGUAAAUUUAGGGACAUUAAUGGCCAUUAAUCAAAAAUGGUUAUAUAAAUUGUACGCUGGCUACUUUUGUCAAAGUGUUGUCCCAUGAAAAGAUAUUCUUACACAUCUGUGGAAAUGCGAGGGGUACUCACUUCUGUGACACAUUGUACACUGAGAGCAGCAUCUGAUUUAUGUCAGUGUGUACAAAAAGGCGUCAUCAUGUCCUUGGACAGCUGUCAUGGACAGACUGGCACCAGAUGACAGCCACAAGCCAGCACACACUGUAUUUACUGCUGGAAUGUGUUAUUUAUUUUUUAAAUUAUUUAUUAAUUAAAUGUUUCUCUUGCCUCACUUACUCUCCUAAAACCGUAUAGCUUUACAACCUAUGUUUGCCAACUCUGUUUACAGUGUAAGUUAUGCUGUUGAUUCGCGUUUCGGAUCCCUGCCCUGCCCAGUUAGUCCCAGAGCUGACUUCAUCAGUGUCUCCAAAUUGCACAGAUGGCUCUGAUUCUUCUGGAAUCCUGCUCACAAUCACAAAACAACCGCAGCACACUUAACUCAUUCACUGCAACAUAAGGGAGGAACACUUUCCUUCCUUUCAUUGACAGUUUUACACAUAAAACAUACAUAGUACUGUAUGUUCUGGCUCACAUCCAUAAUGCCAACACACACACAGCGUGCAGCGACUCCAUAUGCUGGUAUGUCAGUGUGUCCAUGGGUAACUUGGUUUUUGGAGGGUUUGCAGGUGACGUACCAAGUGUGUUGACCUCGUUGCCUCGCGUAGCUGCACAAAGUGUGUACUGGCCAUUGUGUGUAUUGAGAAAUAGUAUAGUCAGAUGAAGAUAAAAAAGUCAGCUUCAAACCAGGAGUGUUUUUGCCCACUUUCCCUUGUGUGUUUCAGUUGUUCACCCGAAACGUUACGAACAGUAAAAAUUAAAAAAAGUGGGAGCAAAUAAAAUCCUGGUUUGAAGCGGACUUUUCUCCUCUUCCUCUGGUCAUUUGGUGGCUCUGCUCCCAGGUCAGACGCUUUUUGGAUGUGUGGGCUUCAAACUACUUCAACUUCAAAUAGUAUAGUCAGACAUUAUACAGGAAUAGUGAUGAUUACAGAUGGUUGUACUGGGUUUUCACUUUUCAGUGUUCACAUUCCUUUAUGAACUGCUACCAUUUACUUUUUGUCUCUCUUCUCUCUAGGUGUCAAUGGAGCCACCUAACGCUGGCGGGGCCAUGACGUGUAUGACAUGUGAAGGGCUAUGCACUGGAUUUCAACCUCAUUCCUGGAGGAAAGCCUGUACUGUAUGUCACUGCAGUCAAGAGGAGCAUGAGCUGACCUCUGACCUGGAAGAUGAUAGGAAGAUGGGACAGCUCCUGGCAGACUCCCGCUACAGCCACCUCACAGCCAAGGUGAAGGGCGGACCGGGAGGUGCCGUUUGCCGCGUCUACAAGAGAAACCGAAUGAUUGUCACCAACCCCGUGGUAUCGCGCAAAGACCCGACCUUUAACACGGUCACGUACGACUGGGCACCUGCUGGCCUGACAAAGGAACUGGCCAUGCAUUAUAUGGACAUGCUGCCAGAGGACAGGCGGCCAGUGGCGGGCACUGAGGGAGCGCUGUACCGCCGUCGCCAGCUAACAAGGCAGCUUCCCCUCCACGAUCACGACCCGUCAUACUGCCACGCUCUGUCGGAGUCGGAAGUCCAGGCCAUGGCCUCCUUUGUGAAGGACUUAAAAGAGCAGGCUUUGGGAGUAGGAGCGGUCGCAACACCGAGCGAGAAGGAAAAGAUGCAAGAGGAGAAAAAAAACGGUGUGUCUUUAUCACAGCAAGUGCCAGAGGUACAGUCCACUUCAAAUGGCACAGCGGAGAAGGAGGAAAAGAAAAGUGUACAUUGCAGCGGGUGCGGAGAGGCGUUGCCAGAGGACAGCCCAGUAGUGUAUGCUGAGCGGGCAGGGGAGCAGCACGUCUGGCACCCCACCUGUUUUGUGUGUGCCGAGUGCAGGGAGAUGCUGGUGGACCUGGUCUACUUCUGGAAGGAUGGAACGCUGCUAUGUGGACGCCAUUAUGGUCAGAGUGUCAGGCCCCGUUGCCCUGGCUGCGAUGAGCUGAUCUUCUCUGAGCUGUUUCAUAAAGGAUUCGAUGGACAGCUGUGGCAUAAAGAGCAUCACUGCUGCUGGCGAUGUGGUCAGAACCCUGGCUCACCGUGUCCUUGUUCCAAGAAAACUUAAGACCUGUCUGAACCGAAAACAUAAGACCUGUCUAAAUAUGGCUACGUUUACCUGAGACAUUUAAUUCGUAAUUAUCUGACUUUAAUUCUGACUAAAGCCUAAUUUCACUUUGAAAACGUCAUGUAAACACCUCUUAAUUCGGAAAUAAAGGAAAGAUUAAAGUAAACUCGACAGAACUAUUUAAUUAUGAAUUAUUCAUUCUGAAAUAAAAAUGUCAUGUAAAUGUAGCCAUUUUGUAAUAAAAAAACUAUAAAAUAUCAUCUCUGAGUUGACAUGUGAUGAACUACACAUCACUGACCAGUGCCCCUCUGCCUCUCUGAUUCAUGUAAACAGAAUUACUGUAUGUAAAUGUAACAAUGUAGCAAUGGCUUUGUAACUAGGCAUAUAUGAUAUUUUGUUCUUUGUGCUGUUAUAAUGUAUUCAUGUCUUUCUCAAAAUAACGUUGCUAGCAAUUGGCAUGAACGUAAACAAUGCCGCAUUAUCUGAGUUUCAUCUGUGGGAGACAUAUUCAGUUUUAAAUGCUAGUUAAAGGAAAUAAAGGUGUUUUUUGUGUAUCUGAA